AUGGAUACACGGUCCUCCCGAUCAGAAUCACCGCCUGUCCGACUCCCUUCACCCAAAGCCGGUCCUUUCGCUUCGACUUCUCGCCGUCCUCUCUCACCAUUGAAUAUCUCCGCUCCCCUGUCCUCAGAUCCUAACGGCAGACAUUCAGAUUCUACUUCUCCACUCACUCCUCUUCAAUUUGAAUUUUCCGUCUUACCCGACCGAGAGGCAGAGAGUAGGAGACAGAGGCUUGAUCUCCUUCUUGGUCGUCUGCCUCCCGCGCCUGAUGCCUCUCCGCCUCAACAAAGCGACAAGUCCAAGCUAGACCAUUCGGAAUUUGGUGUAAACUCGAAACAUAUUGGCGAGGGUCUGGAUGGACUCGAGGAUCCUGCCGCCUCGCCAGCUCACAUGGACGAGGUCGUGGUUCGACCUCUGAAUGAGCCUAUGUGCGGCAGCGGGCCCUCACACUCCCUCGAGAUCAAAGAGGCAGAUGCGGAGGUCAAUAUGACCGAGAAGACUCAGCAUAGCAGCUCACUACAAGGCGAUAUUGAGAUGCCCGAGGAACCUCCCACUUCCCCCAAGGCUGCGGCGGAAGUCGACAUCUUACCAACACACCCGGCACCCAAAUCACCGCUAGCCUACAAGUCGGCGUUCGACUCUAUGCUUGCCCCUGGCCACAGUCAUCUAGCAGACAUAGGUGUCUCCAGUCCCGCUCAUCCUUCGUCAGAGCUCUCCGGUCUUCCACCAACUCCUCCCCCGACCCGCCCAGCACCACUCGAUUCUCGUGAUCCUGCACAAAUCGACUCCCGGAGUCAACAAACACCUAUGGAGGAAGAUCCCAUGUCCGACCUUCCGCCGUCCCCGGCGUCUGCAAGACUUCCAUCAUCGACACCUCACCUCGAAGAACGCGAUGGGCGCAGUGCGUUCACACCUGGCCCGCCUCUGGUACUUGAGGAGGGCGAGGAAGAAUUAGAAGAAGGUGAUGAUGAGAUCAUGGCGGAUGAUUCGGAAGACGUAGUCUCGGUGAGGGAAGCUUCGGAAAUGUUGACCCCCGCGGCUGUCAAAUCGAAAGGCAAGGCCAAGCAGGGUGUGAAAAGCAAACCUGCAAAAAUUGCUCCGGUCAAGAAGGCCGGUAAAGGGAGACCAGCGCAGGUCAAGGAGGCAGCCAAGAAAGCUAUGGUCAAGGGAAAGGGGAAGGCUGGUAAGACCAAUGGAGCUCCCAAGGCAGAUCGCUCCGUCAGCAUAGCUGACUCGACUCCUGUGGCCACGGUGUCCGUGGUGUCUGCUGAAAUCCCGGGUCAUCGGGAGGAAUCAGUUGAUUCAGAUGACAACGCUGUCUAUUGCAUCUGUCGGAAACCGUACAGUCAGGAACCGGAGAAUGUGGUUAUGGUAGGAUGUGAUGCAUGUGACGAUUGGUUCCAUCCUCCUUGUGUAGGUCUUUCCGGGAAGCAGGUGGAGACUCUCGAUUCGUACAUUUGCAAAUCAUGCGAAGCGCGAACAGGCCAGAAGCCAAGGUACAAGCUUGUCUGUCAUCGUGCGGAAUGUGUCAAUCCGAUCAUCGGGAAGCCUUCCAAAUACUGCUCCCCGUUAUGCGCUUUCAGGCAUGGACAAUCUCUCAUUCCUGCCGUCGCCAAUAAACGUCAGCUCAAGCAGCUACACGACGCAUUCGUCUCUUACCCUCCUCCUCCUCCCAAAACCACAGUCAGUCACCACAUCUCCCGCCCAGCUCCGGUGUCCACAACAGCCGUUCCCACGUCCGACAUUCUUAAUGCCAUUUCUAAUCAACUCAUCGGUGUCAAAUCAGCAUUGGAAGUGGUACGAAAGCGACAACGCAUCCUCUCUCAGGCGAUCGAGCGGUGGGAAACCCUAGGCAACGUCUUGCCUCCUCCUGAGCCGGAAGACGGGACGGAGGAAAGAGGGAGGUGGAAGAGGAAACAUGCUGUGAAAGAGGAGAAGAUGUGUGGAUGGGAUGAACGGCUCUCUUGGGAUGAUGUGGAGGUGAACAUAUGGGACGGGGAACAGUGGGAAGGAGAAGUGUGUGGGAAAGGAAAAAGAUGUGAGAGACAUCUAGGGUGGCAAAAGACCGUAGGGGUAUCUUUAGAUCUUGAACAGGGAGUGUUGGAAAAACGACAAAAAGACCUUUCAGACCGACGACAACAAAUGGCCGCUUUUCUCGAUUCUCAAGAAGCAGGAAGGUUAAGCAGAGAGACGAUGCUUGCCAAACUGGCAGCCGUCAAAUGA